CUAUCCCAUUUGACGUGGCCAAAGGAAAGGUACACUAAUUACUAAAUGCAACUACUUCAGUGGUUUAUAAUUUGUGAACAUCUCAGUAGUAAUCGUUUUCUAAAUAACUUGGUGGGUGUGCUUGGAUUUAACGGUCUUCAUGGCCAGACUUUUCCAGAGAGGGCGUUCCUAUUUCUCGCUCAUGAUUUGAUUGACAUGUGCUUUCUGGGUAUGCUCUGUAAACCUUCGUGGAAGCAAAAGUUGCUCCGGGUAUGAGCUUUUUUAUCAAAAGGACCUUGAUUUGAGACAGUUCGCUGCGUAUUUUUGAGUAAUCAAAGUAUUAACAUAUCAAAAUUAUUACGGAUUAUUAUGAAGAUGGUUUCAUAGUUGAACAAAGUAGCGUGCGACAGGUGCAGCUACGACAUGUCGAAUAGAGAAAAGAGAGGAUGAUGCAAAUUGAUUCGCCUUCUUCGAUCAGCUAAAUUAUGUUUUCAUGAAAUUCCAUCGGAUCGACAGCAUAGGUGGCUGUUUACUUUACAACGGGACAAGUGACAGUUUUCCACCGGGAUCGGAUUGUCCGCGGAAGGGGGAUUUGAAUCUGCAGGGAAUUGCUGUUCUGGCACUUUAUGGAGAGAGAAAUAUCGUUUCGGCUGGUGACGACGGGGUUCUUACACUGUUGGACGAAAGAAUAACUUGGGUUGCAAUUUUUAAUCGGGCACACUGGACUCGAGUACUAAUUCUCAAGGCGAAAUCCUUCUCCGAUAUACAAUAUGGAGACGGAAGGGAAGAACAAAGCCAACGGUUCACGUUUGCCCCAAGUUUUCCUCAACUCCCCCAGCGGCAGUAGUGCUCGAGAAAGGAUAAACAGUGUAGACCCGUAUGGCUUUGAGCGCUCGAAGGACUUUGACUAUGAGUCGUAUGAGGAGCUGAUGUCCGAGUACCUGGCAGUGCUCACCAGGCGCUCGAUCAAAUGGUCGAAACUACUGAAGGGAAGGCGUAAGGUGGAGAAAAACCUCAAAAUGAAGCGGUACGUGAGGAAGGGGGUUCCCAACGAGCACAGGGGUCAGGUCUGGAUGGCCGCCUGCGGCGCGCAGGAACGCCUGGACAAGAACCCAGGUUACUACCACUCCCUCCUGGACGGCCAGCACGAUCCCAAACUGCUGGAGACCAUCCGCACAGAUUUGAACCGAACGUUUCCUGACAACGUCCAGUUCCGUAAGUCGUCCGAGCCGUGUCUCCAGAAAGCCCUUUACGACGUGCUGCUGGCCUACGGUCACCACAACCCAGCCAUAGGCUACUGUCAGGGCAUGAACUUCAUCGCAGGCUAUCUCAUCAUCAUUACCAAAGAUGAGGAAAAGUCCUUCUGGCUGAUGGAUGCCCUACUGGGCAGGAUAUUACCAGACUACUACACACCAGCCAUGCUGGGCUUGAAGACUGACCAGGAGGUCCUAGGGGAGCUGGUGAGGACCAAGGCCCCAGGUGUGUGGCAGGCCAUGGGGGAGCACAACGUCAUGUGGACUCUGGUGGUCUCCCGCUGGUUCAUCUGCCUCUAUAUCGACGUCCUGCCUGUGGAGACGGUUCUGCGGAUCUGGGACUGCCUGUUCUACGAGGGUUCUAAGAUUCUGUUCCGCGUGGCGCUGACGCUGAUCCGUCGCAGCCAGGCAGGGAUCCAGCUGGCCCAGUCUCUACCAGACGUGUGUGACGCCUUCAAACAGACCACCCGGGGGCCCUUUGUAGAAGACUGCCACGCCUUCAUGCAGAAAAUCUUCACUGAACCUGGAGGCCUCUCCAUGGCAACCAUAACCAAGCUGCGGGAGAAGUGUCGUGCUCGCAUCAUAGCAGAGGGAUCUUGACCCCGCCCACCCCAUCAAACUUGACGCAUUCCAGGGCCACGUCCCAAUACGACUGUGUGGUCUCCUUUCCUCCUCUCCUAGGCCUCAUGUUCAUUGGCGGAAGACUGGGGCAUUCCACUAGCAUUCACCUGUCUAGUCCUUACAGAUCAGUGGCCUUGAGGCAAAUGAGACAAGGAACUAGACAAGGACAUUUCAGAAUAUUGGGACAUAUUCCCAUACUGAUAUGCACUUCUUAGACUGUACUAUGACUGAAUGUAAAAUGCUGAUUGUUCUUAGAUGCUGCAAUUAGACCAACAGUUGCGAUAAACUGUCUGUAGUUUAAUGUCUAUGCAUAGUUGAAACCACAGUGUUCUGUGGUCCUUGAUCUAUUUAUGACAAGAAUGUUGCUUCAGUUGCAAGCUGAAGAUCCAUUUUGAGAUUAAUGUUACACACUGAAGUUAGUCUUAAGUGGUUUAACUUUGUUUUUGUAAGAUCUAAUUCUGUGACUUUGCACUUUGAAGCUGGAUGCUUGGCUCUGGUGAAGCAGAGGGGAGUGUUCCGGGUCACCUACAUAGCAGCCAUAGAGGUGCUACGUCAAUGAUCUGUCCGGUGACCAGACCGUGGGGGAGGGGUCCAUAUUUAUGAAACUAUGUUAAGGUGAAGUCCCAUAUCUCACAUGACCACAAUGUAACUUUAAGUUAAAAUAAACCAUUAAAAAUUUGGAUUUGAACCCAGGCUGUUGUGGUACUGCUGCUGAUGUCUGAACAUGCACAUUAACCCAGUAAGUUAUAGGGGAGCCCUGCUUUUUGGUUUUCUGACACCCCAACUCUGAACUAUGUAGUUGUAACAACCUGCAAUGUCAAUUUUUAUGUUGAGUGGAGAUUGUUAUGAUCCCUGAUAGUUCAGUGUUUAAGGAUGUGGGCUACUGUGUGAGGGGUUUUGUAUUCAAAUCUGGCUGAAGGAUCUUCUUACAGAUCAUUUUUUGCUCUUGGACUUAUAAAUAAAACUGAUAAGUAAAAUGGAGUGCGCUGCGGUUAAAGGGAUCUGGGCCCACGGAUGUGUUUGGCACUACGUUCUAUGCUUGUUUUGAACCCAGGAUGUUGUAGUGUUGGCCCUUGUU